UCACCCAUAUAUCACAGCCGGCCUAAUUUCUUUCUUCUUUCCCUAGAAAUAGAUACAAAUAUUUUCUGUCCUCCAUGACAGGAAAAAGAAGCCAAACCAGCCCAGACGUUGGGAGCCCCUCCUCCGGAGACAUCAUGAUCUCUUUGAAAGAACAAGACCGGUUCCUCCCUAUUGCCAACGUGAGCCGUAUCAUGAAGAAAUCGCUCCCGGCUAAUGCCAAAAUCUCUAAGGAAGCAAAGGAGACCGUCCAGGAAUGUGUUUCUGAGUACAUCAGCUUCAUCACGGGUGAAGCAUCAGACAAGUGCCAACGAGAAAAGAGGAAGACCAUUAAUGGUGACGACCUCUUGUGGGCCAUGACGAUACUAGGGUUCGAGAACUAUGUCGGACCCCUGAGGAACUACCUCGGCAAGUAUAGGGAGACCGAAGGAGACAAGACUUCCAUGGCUAGACAGGGAGACCAAUCUCCGACUGAUUCCUACACCGAUCAUGGCACUAAUUACAAUGAUCAGAUUCACAGAGCCAUGAGUAGUAGUACUACUACUGCUAAUUCUGUAGUGGCGACCGCAGAUUUUCAGCGUUUUAGCGGUGGGUUUUAUUCGUUUGGGACACAAGUAAAUCCGGAUAGUUAUGGAGAAAGUAGUGGAAGAUCAGGCACGGGUUAUGAAGAUCAGAAUAUGGUGAUUGGUGCUUUUAAGGGAAAUGAAUUCUGUGAAAAUGGCAAUGGAAAUGGCAAUAGAGCUGUGGCUCAAGCUCAUGAUCAUCUUCAUCAUGAUGUAGUUGAGUGGUAGAGAUUAAUAAAAUAUAUUAAUAUGGAGUAGUCUGUGAUAUGUAUGAGUUUCUUGUAUUUGUUGAUG